AUGGGCAGGGGGGACCCAGUCUGCCUACGAGGCCUCUCGGCUCAAUGCGUGGCCCCCGCGCAACUGCCAAACUUCACGCCUGGCUCCGUCCACUCACUCGAUUCCUUUGCGACGCAUCGAGACACUGUGGUUGAUAUUGCUUGCAAAGAGCGAUCGAGUGGCUGCUACCAUGGCAACGAGAAGGCAAGACAAAGCGUCCAACUCAAGUUUGGCGACUUCAUUGACUAUUACCAAGCAGCGUUCAGGAACGAGUCACAUUGGUUGCAAGAGGUUGACGACCUAGAGUUUUAUCUGGCGCAAUGCCCCAUCGCAGUGCUCAAAGCUGAUGCCACCUGCACGAAGGCAAGUCUGCCGGCCAUCAUGAACGAUUUCCGUCUACCCCAGUGUAUUGAAGACAAACCGAUUUCACAAGUGAACUUGUGGAUGACCGUUCAACCGGGUCGAACUACACUGCACUACGACGCGUACCAGAACAUUUUGGUCGUCUUGUACGGCAAGAAAACUGUCACGCUUUUUCCUCCAUCGGACGCUGCAAAGUUGUACCCCUUUCCGGUGCACACAAAGUCGGCGAAUCACAGUCAAGUGAACAUUGUGGAACCCGAUCUCAAAGCUCACCCACGAUUUCGUGAGGCGACGGUCCAUCAAUUCGAAGUCACAACAGGAGACGCAAUUGUGAUUCCAGAGGGCUGGUGGCACCAGGUGGACUCGGAUGCGUUCACUAUUGCUGUCAACUAUUGGUGGGAUGGUGAGCGCGAAAAGCUUGUAGCAGAUAAACGCAUGGUACCGUAUUACGCCCGGGUCAUGUUGGAGGAACUAGUUAAGCAGGAGUGCGACUCGCAGCUACAUGCCCUGCGAUCCGCAGCAGCAGCAAUUAUUGCGGAGGAAGCUCAAUUUGCGCGCGAGAAAGUGUUUUUAUCGUUGGAUGAUGAUAUUUUCACGAAGACGCAGCGAAUUUUGGCAAGAAGGCACGCUGCGGACUGGAAAGAUCUUCUGGCAAAUGCUAGCGUGGAAUUGGUGGCAGUCUUAACCAAUUGCUGGGAGGGUGAUAACCUAGAGUGUGAUCUGCUGGAAGUGCUGUUUGACGCUCUCGGUGACGACGGCGAGAUCAUCAAGGAACAAUUUCUGACGAAACAGAUGAAGUUCCGCCAAGACUGCGCAGCCAAAAUGUAUCGGUCAUUCUUCUGCUAA